AUGUCUGACUGGGAUUCCGUUACUCGCAUUGGCGCCCGCCACCGGAGCGGCCCUGCCCCGCGCGAGACCGUCGUCAAGGGCAAGAGCGCCUUGAACGCCGCCCAGCGCCAGGGUCUGGUCAUUGGAACUGAGAAGAAAUAUGCCACUGGUAACACUGCUGGACGCUCUGGUGCCCCCGAAGGCCAGCACCUGACAAAGGUUGACCGCAGCGACGACAUCGUGAAGCCCAAGACCGUCGGCAUGAAGGUCGCGGACGCCAUCAAGAAGCGCCGGAACGAGGAGGGCUACAAGAUGACGCAGAAGGAACUCGCCACCAAGUGCAACACCACCCCCGGUGUCAUCCAGGAGUUCGAGAAGGGCACCGCCACCCCCGACCAGAAGGUCCUCAGUGCCAUGGAGCGCGUGCUGAACGUGAAGCUCCGAGGUAACGACAUCGGUGCGGAGAAGUUCCCCAAGAAGAAGUAA